CCCGACGAGGCAGGAGGUUCUACAAGAAGCAGCGGUCCCCAACACUCACCUUGCGGGACUCUCCGUCGCGCUCGGUCAAGGAACUCCCCACGCGCCCCAGGUGUUCACGACGCCACUCUACCUGCCAACCUUGUGGCUUCGGCCUGCAGCAGGGCUUGCGGCUUAUUUUGCGGGUGGAAGUAUUUCCAUUUGUGGUCAAUGAUUUAGUGAGAGUGUGUGUUUAUUGUCACACCAAAAUACUGAUUACGCAAAGCAGUUGUCAUACGAUCACCGGCAAGGCGUAGCUGGACACAACUUAUCGGUAUCCUGCCAGUGUAUUACAACUACCGUUACAGACAAUCAUCUAAAUUGCGACUUUCCGGAUAAUUACCUAAGCGGCCCACAGGUCCUCUCCAAGUGUCUCUCUCACCCCCAGGGCGUGAACAAGGGCGCCGUUUCCAGUCUGUAUCAGUUCUCUCCUCCUCUACUUCUCGUACACCCCUCCCCUCCUCCCGUCAUCCUCCGCAGGGUCAAGUGAUAAGCAAUUUCUCACACUCACCUCUGCUACCACUUCUCAUAUAUGCUCUAAGAACUUCAUCUUGAAAGUCAUCUAUACUGUAUGCAUACACACGAACUUCUCAGAGCCGUUGUGUACAUCUUAAGAACGCCUCGUAAUCGUUAUUCAUCAGCUGGCCUCAACCAACAUACUGUAACUGUUAACUGAAAUGGUUAUCAACUUUCGAGAUUUAAUAUAGCUUAUGAAAGGCAUUUGUCCUUAGACAAUUAUCUUGUUUUACAAACCUGAUAAAAUAAGAAAUUAACCAAGAUAAUUAAAUAACAUUAAGAAGAAAACGAAAAUAAACAGUUACACGAGGAGACAGAAGUUUUAGGCCCGUCGUCCUGCGUUGUUUGGAGUGUUUACCUGUGGUGUUGCCACCUGGUGGUCGGUGUCUCCGCUGACCGCUCGUGACUCCCCUGCUCACCGCACACCGCAACAACAACAAAAGAAAAGAAGGAAGUGUCCGCUUGCGGCGACACGUCCCACGCAGCAGACUAAUGAUGAUGACACUGUGGCAAACACGACGCCCCGAGCUGGUGUUAUUGGCUCUGACGAUAGUGGCUACGAGACCAUCCCUGGCAGAGAAGAGCAACUCUGGUGGUGUAAGAUGGGAGUCCCCCUCGUUGUCUAGGCAACCGUUCCUGGCGUCCACGUUACCAAGACAACCGUUGGAGGUGUUGUCAGGAACCUUACAACAGGCCGGCCAGUUGGUGAAUCGAGUUCGACCCAUUAUUCCAGAUGGUCACAGGAGGUUUCAGUUCUAUAUGUUUGGGGGGGACGGCCAGCUGGUGCAGAGGUGGAUGUCUCUACAGCAAGUUCAGGACCUUCUGCUAGAGCGAGGACCCUAUGGAGGAGAAGGCAGCGGCGCAGUAGGAGGUGUGGCGCUAUACUCAGCCGGGGGAGAGUUGACGCCUAUCAGUGAGCGACACCCUGGCCUGCCCACCCGCCCAGAUGACAACAUCCAGGGCAUCAUAGACACGAUCCAGCAGGUGGUGUCGUCAGAAGUGAUCCAGAACAAGCAGCAGCCGCCAACCUUCCCUCCCAAUCUCACCGAUCACUCCGGGGAAUCCAUCAAGAUCCCUGACACCAUCCUGCAGAACCUCCUUAACGUCUCUCACCACCUCACGACGCAGUGGCAGUUCCCCACCACCACACCGCCUCCUUACACUCAACCUGUGGACACCGACACUACCGCCAGCGAACAGUCCGCCGCCAUCACACUAGCGACGGAGGUUUCGAGCACAACACAGGAGGUUAUCAUAGGCGAGGAACCGACUAUCAGGCAGCCAGUCGGAUUUAGAGUGACAAAUAAACCAUUGAGUAACGACAGGUGGAACAGUCGCUUCCCGGCGUGGACUGAAUAUUCUGCAGAAGUCGACGAAAAAGAUCCAAUGACACGAGACGACUUAGAACCUACCGAUGAUUAUCACUCAAGUCCUGUCGGGCUCACCGAGACCAUCAUUCCCUCUGUUAGUGAACUCACUCCUGACGCAGGACUUGCUACUUGGAAUUAUACAAGCGGCGCGUCAGAGGGCGGCCAAGACACUAGUGGAACAUCAACUCUCAGUAACGUACAGCCUGACGAAGUAUCCUCAACCGAGACCACCACCACCACCACCAUCAUCACCAGACCCCAGCAGGUGACCACCACCCUCGAGGAAGAUAACGACUUGCUCACGACCAAAAUCAACCCAGAGGACCCACUGUUAUACACUCUCACUGACCUGUACGCUCAGUCCUACACUAACCCGAAACCUUCACAGCCACCAAGUAUUACAACCACGACAGAUCUUCCCGUCCCAGAAACAACCACGACACAACCCCACUACGAGACAGACACUACUACUUUCUCACCAUUCCAGUCGGCUUUCUUUGAUUUUGUCACAAAUUUCUUCCAAGAAGACUCUCAGUCAACGUUCACUACAGAGCCGCCAACAGCUGCUGUGACCCAAACUGAUUAUAUAACUUCUGUACCAGAGACAUCAACAUACACGUCACCAACACCAGACAGAGAGCAAACAGCUACCAUAAAACUACCUUCAAGGACCACCACACUGUCCUCACUACCUUCUGGUAUAAACAAAACUGAUGACUUGAUGACGUCUACACAGUCAGGUUAUGAAGAGUCUAGACCCAACCACACAUCCCCCCCUCACGAAGACGACAAUCUGCUGCCUCUUAACAUUCGCAAUCCUUCUUCCCCACAAAGUCCUUACGACAUCGUUCCCAUUGAGGACCAAACACCUACAACCACCUCCACCAGUGCUGGUCAGAGUACGAGACCAUCAAACCCUUAUGACGGUCCAAUAGAGCUGCUUGAGGUCAUCCAAACACUUAGCCAUCCAGGUGAUAGUCUUCUUAAUGAGUCCUCGGCGUCACUCCCAGACACUACCACGACCCUGGAUCAAAAUGGCUCUCCACAUCCAACAACCCUCUUGCCGUCGACCCAGACUCCGAACAUUCUGGACCAACACUUGAGCAUCAGAGAUAUGAUGACCCAGUACUACACCACUACCAAGAGUGACUUAAUGGAAGAAUCCACCACACAGGAGACAUCUAGUGACCCAUCAACACAGUCUACCACAACACCGGCACCAACCACACAGUACCUUACAACUCUGCCUUCUGGAGACCCUAGACCACAGACUGCAGGAGAGUUCCCUGGCGAGACGGACUUCUACUACAACAGCGACUCUAGCGUUAUCCCACAGUCACAAUUGGCCGACAAAAACAACAACAACAAUGACAAAAACAACAACAACAGAGAUAGGAUUGACUUGGAAUCACUACAGAUCAACGGUGAGCUGACAGAUGGAGAUAAUUUCUACGAGUACUACGGCUCUCCGGUCUACCUUGAUAAUCUCCCUGAGGACUACUACAACUACGACGUGUAUCAACCACCGGGACUUAACCUAAAUGGCACGGAGAACCUUGAUUUCCCAGGGCCCAACGCUACCAGUCCCUACCACGACCACCAUGGAGAACAUCACGGAGACCAUCAUGGUGGGCAUCACGGAGAUCAUCAUGGGGGGCAUCACGGAGACCAUCAUGAUGGCCUCCAUGAGCAUGUAGGGCCACCAGAAGACGCCACCACCCUCCUCCAGGCACCUGAUAACAACCCAGGUCUUGAGGCUUCCGUCGAAAACCUGCAUAAAGACGUCAGGGAAUUUGUGGAUGUCAUGAAUGAUAUCACAUUCAAGGUAUACAAGAAGGCUGCCAGCCAACACAAGCGGAGAAACUUCGUCAUGUCACCCUUGAGCCUCAUCUCUACCCUGGGCAUGCUUCUCAUCGGUGCUCGAGGGUACACCUCGGGAGCCCUGAGUGACCUGCUGCAGAUGGACAAGUUCUACACCUUCAACCCUCACCUCAUCCUGAAGAACGUCACGCAGUCUGCCCAGGCGAUGAAAAACAUCCACGACGUCGCCUUCCUCAACCAGUUCUUGGUGGAGAAGGAGAAGAACACCUACUCUACCGACUUCUUCGCCCAGACCAUUAAAGUAUUCUACAACGCAGCGAUCGAGGACGUGGUACCUGCAAACCUUGACGCCACGGUCCGACGGCGAGUGAACGAGCUGGUGAGGAACAGCACCAACGACAAUGUGAAGCAGUUCUUGCUGGAGGAAGAGCCCUUGUUCCUCACUCCGCCUCUCACAGCCGUCUCCACCAGCUUCCUCCAUGCUCGGUGGAGUGUGCCAGUGGUCCAGAGUGAGUUACUCGACAUGCACUUCAUCCGGUUUCCGACGGCUGAACGACGGCUGAUCCGUACUGUCGGGCUCAAGAAGAAGAUGACCAUUAACGCCGGCUUUUCCAGGGCAGCCGGGGUGACAUCAGCCGAGAUUCCCCUCUACUCGACCUCUGGCGAAUUCUCUCUCGUGCUGGCGAUGCCUGGCGAACAGAAGAACUUCGUGGCGAACGGAUUAGCUCAGCUGGAGAAGACGUUGACCCCAGCUAAGUGGAGUCAGGUGCUGAGGUCGAUGUUACCCAACACUGUGAACCUCAAGAUGCCGGUGUUCAGGCACAGAGCCUUCCAUAACUUCUCCUCCGUCCUCGACGACCUGGGGCUUGGUCAACUCUUCCAGGAAGGCAAAGCGGACUUCUCAGGCAUCAACCACAUCAAAAACCUGCACCUGAGCGACGUGGUUCAGCUGACAGAGUUCCAGUCCUGCCAGGUGGAAGAGCCGCCUGAAAAUGGGGCGAUCACUUCCCAGAGGAGGCAGUCCAGGUCGUCGCUUUCAGGAGAUGACGGCAACGACAUGAGCGUCAAAGAGGCCUCAAUGACGUACAUCUACGGAUUCCCUAUGCGUGAUUACCUCCAGCUUGACAAGACGAAGCACCUUCGUAUGGAUACUACCGGCGAUGGAGCGUUCCAACGGUAUUUCCAAAAGCAGGAUUCUUCACGAGACGACGAUGACUCCCAACAGCAGGCAUCCCCUACCGAUAGUGGCUCGUCACAGUGGACGUCCUCGACAGGCGAGAACUCCCCACAGAAAUCAUUGUCGAAAGUUAACGCCUCUCCCCCACAGCAGGCGUCCUCGACAGACAACGACUCUUCCACACAACAAGCGUCCUCGACAGACAACGACUCUUCCACACAACAAGCGUCCUCGACAGACAACGCCUCUCCCCCACAGCAGGCGUCCUCGACAGACAACGACUCUUCCACACAACAAGCGUCCUCGACAGACAACGACUCUUCCACACAACAAGCGUCCUCGACAAACAACGACUCUUCCACACAACAAGCGUCCUCGACAGACCACUCGCCACAAGAGACACCAACGACUACACCACACACCAGACCAACACAACAAACUCGGAUCGAGAAUGAUGGAAACUCAUCCCCCCAACCGUCCUCCCCCUCCUUGGACUACCCGUACGACCAUUACGACAACUACGGCGAAGACAGAAAUGCCUACGAGGAAGCGAGUCCAUACCUAGGAUCUGAGGACUACCGAGUCGACCGCAUGGGAGUUACCGACACAGCGGAUAAUGACAGUACCCCAUCGAGACCCUCCGACGGCGCUUAUUACCGACAGAACAAAAUCGGGACAUUGGCUUUCGAUAGAGCCUUCUUAUACGCUGUCAGACACAAUCCCACUGGACUGUUACUAUUUCUCGGUCGGUAUCUAGACCCAGAGGGAAACUGAAAGCCACCACCACAUUUAUAUAGUGAUUGAACUAAUUAAUUCUACUUACCUAUUUGUAUGAGGGAGCUAACACUAGACAGAUGGCUGCCUGGUACAAAUUAUGGUUAAAAUUAUCGACUUGUGAUGUAAGGUUGUCCACGUAGUAAUGUAUAAUAAUAGGAAAUUACUGGUUAACUUUUGGAGAAGGAAUGACUGUUCUGUAAAUAGGUUGAAAGUGAAGACAAAAUUAAGCGGGAUAUAAUUGUAUGAUUCAUGGUAAGAUUCAGAGAGUAGUUUGGGGCUACAGUCAACACAGGUACAGAUUUAGGUAUAAAGGACAGGUACAGAUUUAUUAAAGUUGAGGAAUUGGGAGAGGGGUAUGGGGGAAGAAAGAGGAAGAGGGG